UGCGUGUGGGUGUUGUAGAAUUUGGAUUUACCUGUAGCCGCAGGUAAUAACCUACACGGGAAGACGGAGGAACAGAACACUGCGGAAUUUACCAAAAGGAGUUUAGUCUUCAGUGGCUAGGGUUGGUAGCUAGCUAUUUGUCUUGAAAUCGGUUGACUUUGUCGUGAAGAAAACACAAUUGGAGAGUUGAGAAACCGAUACACACAAACUCGACCCAAAGAAAGAAAGUUUUCCGUACGGACUUCCGUAAUUUUAUCGGCGUCAAGAGUUAACAAAAGUAAUUCAAACGAUUUAUGCGGUCCCGGGAGGUUUGAGCCAUGCCUGGCCACAGCACAGGGGCUCCUCAGAAGUCCCGCCACGACAAACAGCACAGGGGACACAGCACCAGGGCUGACGGCUACAAGCAGGGCCGCACCAUCUCUAGAGACAGCACCGCCAGCCAAGAGUCCUACAAGGACCCUCAUGCCGACCACAACACGCGGGAACAGUACAAUGGCGACCACACCCGUCACUCUGAAGGCCAGCAAGGCCGCAGAGGAGCACCCUCGACACGACACGUCAACGGGCGGGGGGCAGAGACACUGGGCUUCAUCCCUGGCUCAGCAGACUCUCCCCAGAGCACAAAUGCAUGUGGUUCCUGUACCUCUAUGGGCUGGAGUGGCUGCAAGGCACUCCUUUGCUGUGUCAUCACCUGUGGCUUCUGUGGCAGCCGGGAUCUCUGUCUGCCUGUCAACAACGAGAGCUCCACGGACCACCCCAGCAAGGCCGACCCUGAGCAGCCCCACCCCCCCAACGGCGUGUCCGUGUCCAAGCCCACCUGCGGCAUCCCUCUGGAGCCCAGCAUCAAGCCUUCCAAACAGCCCUCCAAGCUGCCUCCCAGUGACAGCUUCCGCUACAAGGACGUCCGCAUCGGUGGCCAGACGGUGGUCUAUCCCACCUCGUCGUCGGGCCCCAAACGGACGCGUACGGGCGGCAAGGGCGACAGCCAGCGUCCCGUCAGCAACACCAGCACCAUCUACUCCCGGGAGGACCUGGAUCUGGACGACCUGAGCGACAGCGGCACGGACAUUGACUCGCUCAUCACUAAGAAACUUCUAGAGCUCUACGCGCUGCACCAGAUCGACCAACUGGCCAAGUGCACGUCUGACUCGUCGUUCUCAAGGAAGACCAAUGAGAUCAGCGAGCUGAUCUGCAGUAUUGCUCAGGACUACAACCUGGAGCAGCGGGAGGCAGAGUGCAGGCUGGUGCAUGGCGUCAUCCGCAUCAGCACGCGCAAAGGCAAGAAGAACAAAAACUCCAACUCCCAGGCCCAGGAGCCAGUGCACCAGCAGCCGCGAGCAAACGGGGGGAACGACCGAGGGACCCUCCUUCCUGACAGUGGCAAUGAGACAAUGACGUACACCUUUAACAGCAGUGAGAUGGAGCCUGAGGUGAAAGUGUCAGAGCUGACACAGUCGGACGAACUAGCCAGGAAGAUGAGGUACUACAGUGGAAGAACUGUCUCCUCCAGCUCAGCUACAGCCUACUCUCACUACCAGCAUGACACAGAGACUGACUCGUCAGGGGCCCCACUGCUGCACGUCCUCUGAACGCCAUGACAAGGUCAACGCAACGUCCAUGGCACAACGUUCUCAAGGGCCUCAACCGAACUGGGGCUGGCUGUUGUGUGGUAGUGGGACAUGUUUUUGUUGAUCAGCCUAUUGUUCCUCCAACACUGUCAUGCUUCCCAGGAACUAAUAGGACAUCCUGUAAUGACAGAGAGGAUCUUAAGUGUGGGACUAUUGAAUCCAGCUCUUCUCUCUGGUGUGGAUUCAGCAUGUCCUUCCAAACCACGGAUCCGUCUGUGAGGGAGGCCUGCUUGGAAGUGCGAGAUGGUGGCACCAGUCUACGGGUGCCCAAUUGGCACAUAUCUGAACAUUGGAAGAACAACAGGAUUUUUUUUUUACGGGAAGAAAACUAUGGACUUUUAUUGUGUAUUUGCAUGCUAUAUUGUAAGUUGUUUUUAUACCAGUUAUGUUGUUGCCUUGCCACUCCUAGCAGAGACACUAAAAAAUCACUCCAUGCAUUUUUAACUCGGUUCUCAGUAAAGUGACUGAACCCUAACGCAUAACCGUCCUUAUUUUAGUGUGUGUGUGUGCGCGUGUGACUGUGUUUGACAUCCUACCAUUUGGACCCAGUAGCAGGUUUAGCUUCAUACUUUACUUUCAGUGUCAAAGGAGUUACUUUGUACAAAACUUUUUUUCCCAAGUGAACGUUGCUUUUUGGUUUGUCUAAACAUCUCUUUCUAAAUUGCAAUUGUGGCAUUUUGUCAAUGUAUAGGUACAUUUUUAUAAAAAAAAUUAAAAAGCAAUGAAUCUCCUUGCCUGUUUAUGCCAACUUGCUACUGUUUUAAUUCAACUCUGUUGAUCUAAAAUAUAGUUAAAUCUAAUAGAGUAUGGAUUCGGCACAUUGGAUUGCAUCUUAACUUGGUCUGUGCAUGCGAUUUCCAUUGACACCAAUGCUUGAGUUAAACACAGAUCUCAAGGAUGGAUUCAGUCCAUUGAGCUUUCAAUUACUUUGUGCUGCUUAUGUUUACACAGAUGUGUGUUAUUUGGGAACACUAGGGAUGAUGUGUUUGUGAUGUUGGGUUAGUCUCUAAUUUGUCAUUUGAUCAGAUUUACGUUAAUGGUCAGCUAUGCAGCAGAAGGGGGGAAAAUAUCUAAUGUAGUCUACAUUUUUAAAAAGCCUGUACUGUUAAUUUAUUGUCAAGCUUUCAAUCUUUCCUUCACCAUGUAAUAUGUUAAUGGGCAUCGCUGUAUAUUCUUUCAACACUAACUAGUCCUACACUCUUUUGCCUGCUCUCACUGUCACAGCAACAUGUUUGUGCAAUGUUGUUGGGCUACUUUAUCAGCACCUCUCUCUCUCCCUCUCUCCCCGUCUCUCAAAUUACUGUCAUCAGCCCCCCCCCCACCCCGGUCAAUGUGUUGUCAGUCUAUUUCCGCCCUCAGCGAAAAAGGAGGAACUCGUUUGACUGGUUUUGACAAAAGAAAGGAUAUCAAAUCCUGCUGCCUGUCCUGAGUAGUUCUUCGCAGAGGGGAGCACUAUGAAAACCUGCUUUUGAGAAUUCCUCUGUAUCCCCACGCUCUGUUGAGAUUCAUUUCUGUUUCCCCUGGCUCUCUGCCCCCUCUGCAUUCCAGUUCUACCUGUGUGAGGCAUCGUGAAAUUAGUUGUUUCACAACUAACACCUCACACCCGGUCACAUGACAUAUGUACCUUCUCUAAACCGAAUGGCACAGAGAAUGUCUCUUCUCUUGGAUGUUGACAUGCAUGGUGACAUAUUUCAAUAAAUACUUCCAUGUUGACAUAUUUCAAUAAAGACUUCCAUGUUGACAUAUUUCA